UCGUAAACAAAAAUGGCCGCAUACAUAAGUUCUUACAUGUUCUGGUUCGGAAUAUUUUCAUUUCUUACUCUUAACUGCUGUAAAGCAGCCGAGAGUAAACGACUUCUGAUAGACGACCCAAGCUAUGUCCAAUCACAAUUUCAUCAGAUAAAUAUUGAUAUUCAGGACCUAAAGACAAAGCUGGCGGAGAAAGAUAUUAAUCUGAUACAAAUGCAAAACGUCAUUCAUGGGCUUGCUGAUAGACUUAAUCAAAAGGAUAACCAGGUAACUGCACUACAAACGUCCUUAGACGAGAAGACGACACAAAUCCAAAACCUCACUGGGUUAGUCCAAAGUUUACAAAACCAAGCUUUAAACCUGGAAACAAAGAACACACCGAUUGCAUUCUACGCACAUCUACAGUCAAAUAUAGCACUUUCUGGCAUGAAAGCGCACCAAACAAUAAUAUAUAACACGGUUGACCUAAACAUUGGAAACGCAUAUAAUAACGCCAAUGGGUUGUUCACAGCGCCUCUUCCGGGAACUUAUGUCUUUGGUAUUGCAACUGGUACAAUUGAUAAUUCUCAUGCGGUUGUAGAAUUAGUAUUGAAUGGUGUCGUUAAAGAUGUUUCUUGGGCAGAUUCAAUGGACCAUAACGACCGUGCGUUUGCCACAACUUCCACACCACUGACCAUCAAAGCUGGAGAUAUUGUGAUGGCAAGGAUGGGCAAUUUUUUUGGUGGAAACUCGCUAGAAAGUGAUCAGUAUAUUCGGUGCAGUUUUUCAGGCUUUAGAUUGUAUUAAUUUCGAUUUUCGAAUUCAAUAGUUUACCCAAAAAAAAGGAAAUUCCCAAAAGAACUAUUUGUCAUGAAGCUAUUCUUCUUGUGCGUUUCCCUCAUGCUGAUUAUAUAUAUUUUUUUCAUAGUUUACUUAUAUCAAUUAGAAAUUGUUAAAAAUUACUGUUUUAACUCCUUCGUGCAAAAUUGACCUUAAAUGUAAUUAAAAAUAAGAGGCAAAAGAUACCAAAGGGACAUUCAAACUCAUAAUUCGAAAAUAAACUGACGACGUCAUGCAAAAAACUGAAAAAAGACACAAAGACUAA